AUGAAGGAAUUAAAUUUGUAUCGUUUUAAGGAUAUAAAGCCAGUUGUGAGCGCGAAAGAAUUAGUUGAUGUGGUUUUAUCAAAAACACAAAGAAAAACUCCAACUGAAAUUCACAAAGGAUUUAAAAUAACGAGGAUUAGAAAUUUUUAUAUGAGAAAAGUGAAAAUAUGUCAAGAAUUGUUCAGAGAAAAAUUACAGAAUAUAAUAAAUGAUUUCCCAAAAUUAGAUGAUAUACAUCCUUUUUAUUCAGAUUUAGCAAAUAUAUUAUAUGAUAGAGAUCAUUAUAAAUUAGCUUUAGGUCAGUGUAGUUAUGUAAGUAAAGCUGUUAUAAGAAUAUGCCAUGAUUAUAUAAAAUUAUUAAAAUUUAGUUCAUCCUUAUAUAAAUGUAAGAUGUUAAAAAUAAGUGCGCUUGGUAGAAUGUGUAAAUUAGUAAAAAAAUUACAACCAAGUUUACUUUAUUUAGAAGAAGUGAGGCAGAAUUUAUCUCGAUUGCCUUCUAUUAAUCCACAUAAAAAAACAAUUUUAUUAGCUGGUGCUCCUAAUGUAGGAAAAUCAUCAUUUAUUAAUUUAACAUCAAGAGCUAAUGUUGAAGUCCAACCGUAUUCUUUUACAACCAAAAAUUUAUAUGUUGGACAUUUUGAUUAUAAAUUAAAUAGAUAUCAAAUUAUUGAUACUCCAGGAUUAUUAGAUAGACCUCUAGAAAAUAGAAAUACUAUUGAGAUGACAACUAUUACUGCUCUAGCUCAUAUUAAUGGGGUUAUUUUAUUCAUAAUUGACAUAAGUGAAGAAUGUGGAAUUUCUAUAAAAGAACAAGUAAAUUUAUUUUAUUCUAUAAAGUCUUUAUUUACAAAUAAAUCAAUUGUUAUCGGAUUUAAUAAAAUUGAUAAAGUUAAUGUAGACAACUUAUCUGUAGAUAAUAAAUUGUUAAUUAAACAAAUUGUUGAUAAUAUUACUAGCCCAAUAAAAUUUUGCCCAUUUAGCACUUUAACAGGAGUAGGUGUGGAGGAAGCUAAAAUAGCUGCUUGUGAUCUAUUAAAAAAUGAUCAAGCUUCAUCAAUUUUAUUAGAUCAAGAAAGUUUACUUAAUAAUAAAUUAAAUGAAAAAAAAAUAAAUUUGAAUAGAGCUCCAUAUAUACCUGAUUCAGUUAUUCAAGAAAGAAUAAGAAAAAGAGAAGAACAAGAAAAAAGAGUAGAAAAAAAUUUUACUGAAGAUGCAACAUUAGAAAAAAAAAAUAAUGAUAACGAAAAUGAUGAAGAAAAAAAUGUAGAAGAAAAUACUUUACAUCAGUUAAAAUUAAAAAAAAAAAAUAAAAGCAGACAAAGUUAUUUGAGCAAUAGAACAGAUGAUAGAAUUUUACAGAUUGAUUUGCAAAAUCAAAAUGGUGGUGCUGGUGUUUAUUCAGUUGAUAUUAGAAAAAAUUAUGAUAUAAAAGAGGAAUAUAAAUAUGAUGUAAUACCAGAAAUAUAUAAUGGAAAAAAUAUAAGCGAUUUUGUUGAUAAAGAUAUAGAAGAAAAAUUACUAGAAUUAGAAAAAGAGGAAGAAAGUCUCUUUGAUAAAGAAGUACAGAUAAAUCCACUUUGGUUUAAGACACAAAAAAUUUUACAAAGAAUGGCAUUGAAAUUAAGGGGAUUAAAAAUAAACUCUAAAUUAAAUGAAGAAAAGCAACCAUUAUAUCAUAAGAGAAAUAAAACAAUUGAAGAAAUUGAAAAAAAAUUAGAUGAAUUAAAACUGAACAAAGAAAAAGUUCUUAAAAGUAUGACCGAGAAAUCUAAGAAAAGUAAAACCCCAAAAAAAGAAAAGGUGAAAAAAGAAAUAUUUAAAAAAAAACAAAUUAAAGAUAAUGUAUAUAAUGAUCCAACUAAGAAAUCAAAAAUAUACUUAAGUACAUCAUCUGAGAUACAAAGAGCUAAAGCUUAUAAGUUAAAUAAAAUAGCUUAUAGGAAAAUUGUAAAAGGAAAAAAAGGAGAAGCUGAUAGAUCUAUUCCUUCAAAAAAACCACGACAUUUAUUUUCAGGAAAAAGAACCAUUGGAAAAACAUCAAGAAGAUAA